CGCCUCCCAUAGCCGUAUCUAGAAGUCGAAACAAAACAAGCGGCUGAAGCGGCGGUGGCGGAGCCGGGACGGGGGAGGGGCGCGCCGGAACCGGAACCGACCCGACGCCGGAACCGGAAUCGAGAGCGUGUUGCCAGGGCCCGAAGAGGGCUGGUGGCGGCGGUCUCGCUCGGCUCUUGGUUCUUUGCUGAAGAAUUAGGCCACAAAGAGUUGCCAAGAUAGCUGGGCCCGGAAGAAAACGCCGCAGCCCUGACCCAGACGCCGUUGCCGACUCUGGGGCACUCUGGCUGUCUAGCAAGCGGCUGAAGAUGUCUGCUGGCGCCAGUGCUACAGGCCCAAGGAGGGGGCCUCCGGGAUUGGAGGAGGCAACUAGUAAGAAGAAACAGAAGGAUCGAGCAAACCAGGAAAUGUCCAUGCCUCGAAAGGAGCCCACCAAUGAUGAACUGUUGCUCGAUUGGAGGCAGAGUUCAGAUGAGGUGGUUGUUAAGCUGCGCGUGGGAACAGGUCCCAUAUGUCUGGAGGAAGUAGAUGCUGCUUUCACAGACACGGACUGUGUGGUGAGGCUUCCAGAUGGUCGGCAGUGGGGUGGUGUCUUCUUUGCUGAAAUACAAAGUUCUUGUACCAAAGUGCAGACUCGCAAGGGUGGUCUUCUACAGUUGGCACUACCAAAGAAGGUGCCUCUGCUCACGUGGCCCUCUCUCCUGAAGAAACCUCUAGGGACCCAAGAACUGGUGCCAGGGUUGCGGUGCCAGGAGAAUGGACAAGAACUGUCUCCCAUUGCCCUGGAGCCAGGUUCUGAGCCCCGCAGAGCUAAACAGGAAGCCCGAAACCAGAAGAGGGCCCAGGGCCGUGGUGAGGUAGGCUCAGGGGCUGGCCCUGGGGCACAGGCAGGGCCCAGUGCCAAGAGGGCUGUUCAUCUCUGCAGAGGGCCAGAAGGUGAAGGGUCCAUGGAUGGCCCUGGCCCCCAGGGUGAUGCCCCAUCCUUCCUGUCCGACUCAGCUACGCAGGUUGAGGCUGAGGAGCAGCUCCAUGUUCCACCAGUGAACCCUCAAACAAGUCUCUUGGGCUCAGAGAAGAAUUUAGCCCUUUUGACAGUAGAGAAGACAGUGUCCCCCAGGAGUGACCCAGUCUCCCCAGUCAUGAUCCGGAACAGAGACCCUGAGAAAGACGACCAUGUCAAAGAGGAGAUGGCAGUUGGAGCUGAUCCUGCAGCCUUAGCGGAUGAACCAGAGUCUAUGGUGAACCUGGCAUUUGUCAAGAAUGAUUCGUAUGAGAAGGGGCCGGAUUCAGUGGUGGUGCACGUGUAUGUGAAGGAGAGCCGCAGGGAUACCUCUCGAGUACUUUUCCGAGAGCAGGACUUCACGCUGAUCUUCCAGACCAGGGAUGGAAAUUUUCUGAGGCUGCAUCCGGGCUGUGGGCCCCACACCAUCUUCCGCUGGCAGGUGAAGCUCAGGAACUUGAUUGAGCCAGAGCAAUGUACGUUUUGUUUCACGGCCUCUCGGAUCGAUAUCUGCCUCCGGAAGCGGCAGAGUCAGCGCUGGGGGGGACUGGAGGCCCCUGCUACACGAGGUGCAGUGGGUGGUGCAAAGGUUGCCGUGCCGACAGGUCCAACCCCUUUGGAUUCAACCCCUCCAGGAGGUGGCCCCCACCCCCUGACUGGCCAGGAGGAAGCCAGGGCUGUAGAGAAGGAAAAACCCAAGGCUCGGUCAGAGGACUCGGGGCUGGAUGGUGUGGUGGCUCGCACCCCCUUGGAGCAUGUUGCCCCAAAGCCAGAACCGCACUUGGCCUCGCCCAAACCCACAUGUAUGGUGCCUCCAAUGCCUCAUAGUCCAGUGAGUGGAGAUAGUGUGGAGGAGGAUGAAGAGGAAGAGAAGAAGGUUUGUCUCCCAGGCUUUACUGGCCUCGUCAACUUAGGGAACACCUGCUUCAUGAAUAGUGUCAUUCAGUCUCUGUCCAACACUCGGGAGCUUCGUGACUUCUUCCACGACCGAUCCUUUGAGGCUGAGAUUAACUACAAUAACCCAUUGGGGACUGGUGGGCGUCUGGCCAUUGGCUUCGCUGUGCUGCUCCGGGCCCUGUGGAAGGGCACUCACCAAGCCUUUCAACCCUCCAAGCUAAAGGCCAUUGUAGCAAGCAAGGCCAGCCAGUUUACAGGCUACGCACAGCAUGAUGCCCAAGAGUUCAUGGCUUUCUUGUUGGAUGGGCUGCAUGAAGACCUGAAUCGGAUCCAAAACAAACCCUACACAGAGACUGUGGACUCAGAUGGGCGACCUGACGAGGUGGUGGCUGAAGAAGCAUGGCAGCGGCACAAGAUGAGGAACGACUCAUUCAUUGUGGACCUGUUUCAGGGCCAGUACAAGUCAAAGCUGGUGUGCCCUGUGUGUGCCAAGGUCUCCAUCACUUUUGACCCGUUCCUUUAUCUGCCGGUACCCUUGCCACAAAAGCAAAAGGUUCUCCCCAUAUAUUACUUUGCCAGAGAGCCCCACAGCAAACCCAUCAAGUUCCUGGUGAGCGUCAGCAAGGAGAACUCCAGCGCAAGCGAAGUUUUGGAGUCCCUCUCUCAGAGUGUCCACGUGAAGCCUGAGAGCCUGCGCCUGGCUGAGGUAAUUAAGAAUCGUUUCCACCGUGUUUUCUUGCCCUCCCACUCACUGGAUGCUGUGUCGCCAACGGACGUGCUCCUGUGCUUUGAGCUGUUAUCCCCAGAAUUGGCUAAGGAGAGGGUAGUGGUGCUAGAGGUGCAGCAGCGCCCCCAGGUACCCAGCAUCCCUAUCUCCAAGUGUGCAGCCUGCCAGCGGAAGCAGCAAUCAGAAGAUGAAAAACUGAAGCGUUGUACCCGUUGCUACCGUGUGGGCUACUGCAACCAGUUCUGUCAGAAAACCCAUUGGCCUGACCACAAAGGCCUCUGCCGCCCCGAGAACAUUGGCUACCCCUUCCUGGUCAGUGUACCUGCUUCACGCCUCACUUAUGCCCGUCUUGCUCAGCUACUAGAAGGUUAUGCCCGGUACUCUGUGAGCGUGUUCCAACCACCCUUCCAGCCUGGCCGAAUGGCUUUGGAAUCACAGAGCCCUGGCUGUACCACGUUGCUUUCAACCAGCUCUCUGGAGGCUGGGGACAGUGAAAGAGAACCCAUUCAGCCUUCUGAGCUCCAGUUGGUGACUCCUGUGGCUGAGGGGGAUACCGGGGCUCACCGCAUGUGGCCGCCUGCUGAUUGGGGUCCUGUGCCUAGCACCAGUGGAAUUUCUUCGGAGAUGCUGGCCAGUGGGCCUAUGGAAGGGUGUUCCUUGCUUGCUGGUGAGAGGGUGUCUCGGCCUGAAGCUGCUGUGCCUGGGUACCAGCACUCACGUGAGUCUGUGAACGCCCACACGCCCCAGUUCUUCAUCUAUAAAAUUGAUGCGUCAAACCGUGAGCAGCGGCUGGAGGACAAAGGGGACACUCCACUGGAGCUAGGUGAUGACUGUAGCCUGGCUCUGGUGUGGCGGAACAACGAACGCCUUCAGGAGUUUGUGUUGGUGGCCUCAAGGAGCUGGAGGUGUGAAGACCCAGGCUCCGCUGGAGAGGCUGCCCGUGCUGGCCACUUCACUCUGGACCAGUGCCUCAACCUCUUUACGCGGCCUGAAGUGCUGGCACCUGAGGAGGCCUGGUACUGCCCACAGUGCAAACAGCAUCGCGAGGCCUCCAAGCAGCUGCUGCUGUGGCGCCUACCAAAUGUGCUCAUCGUGCAGCUCAAGCGCUUCUCCUUUCGUAGCUUCAUUUGGCGUGACAAGAUCAAUGACUUGGUGGAGUUUCCAGUUCGGAACCUGGACUUGAGCAAGUUCUGUAUUGGUCAGAAAGAGGAGCAGCUGCCUAGCUAUGACCUGUAUGCCGUCAUCAACCACUACGGAGGCAUGAUUGGCGGCCACUACACUGCCUGUGCACGGCUGCCCAGUGACCGAAGUAGCCAGCGCAGUGACGUGGGUGAGGGCACGCACAGCCAGCAGGAUAGAUGGUGGGUGGUAGUCCAGGCUCUGUUCACACUCUUCCGCCCUGCUCUAGGCUGGCGCUUGUUCGAUGACAGCACGGUGACAACUGUAGACGAGAGCCAGGUGGUGACACGAUAUGCCUAUGUGCUCUUCUACCGUCGGCGGAACUCUCCUGUGGAGAGGCCCCCCAGGGCAGCUCACACUGAACACCACCCAGACCUAGGCCCUGCAGCCGAGGCUGCUGCCAGCCAGGCUUCCCGGAUUUGGCAGGAGCUCGAGGCCGAGGAGGAGAUGGUGCCCGAGGGGCCUGGGCCUCUGGGUCCUUGGGGGCCCCAAGACUGGGUGGGGCCCCCGCCACGUGGCCCUACCACAUCAGACGAGGGCUGCCUCCGAUACUUUGUCCUGGGUACCGUGGCGGCUUUGGUGGCCCUUGUGCUCAACGUAUUCUAUCCUCUGGUAUCUCAGAGUCGCUGGAGAUGAGCUCCCCUGCAGGCGCCUGCUGUGAGCUGGCCUACCUGUGCUCACCAGGACAGGCCUGCCUUUGUGGUGGGAGACAGCUCUGGGCUCUGAGCCUCAGUGUAUGUAUCUGGUGGGAGACUUGUUGGGACUACAGCCUCUGUGGGGGCAGAGUAUCCUAGGGUGUGUGUCCAUCCAGUUGUCUGUCCUCCUGUUUCUCUGACCCUUGUCCUAGGGCUUGGCCCUGCUUGGAACUAUUUCCUGUAUUUAAAGUGUUAAUAAAGUGAGUAUUCAGGCCCAA